AUGUCGGGACCCGCCACGCCGCCGCAGCUGGACACGCUGGCCAUUCACGCCGACCAGCCGGACCACAUCAAGGAGCCGGCUUAUCCUGUGGCACCGAGUAUCUCGGUGAGCACCACGUUUCAUCAACCACACCCUGAUAGCGAUCUUGCUCAUACGGGGCAUGGAGAGCCGCAUCCUGAGGAUGCGUUCCACAUCUACAGCAGGUACUCGCAAGAUACUCGAGUCCGCUCUGAGCGCGUCAUUUCAGGUAUGAUGAAAGGACAUGCUCUGCUGUACUCGUCUGGCCUCUCUGCAGCGGACGCCAUAGCCGAUCUGCUUCUUCCUACUACGAUUGCGAUUCGCCGUGGAUACUUUGGCGUGCAUGGCGUAUUCCAAAAGUAUGCACAAGGCCGCAACGUCAAGUUUAUCGAUCUAGAUGACGAAUACCCGACGCAAGAGGGCACGCCAUCUCAAGACUCGGAUGUGCGACGCGGCGCGACGCUGGUCUGGCUCGAGACGCCACUGAACCCGACUGGUGAGGCGCGCAACAUCGAGCACUAUGCUCAGCGAGCACAUGCAGCACACGCGUACCUGGCUGUCGAUGCGACGCUGGCCCCGCCUCCUCUGCAGCAUCCAUUCCAGCACGGUGCUGACUUUGUGAUGCAUUCAGGCACCAAGUACUUUGGCGGUCAUUCUGAUCUACUCGUGGGCAUCGUAGCCACACAGAACUACCAGCAAUUCGUGGCACUGUGGAAAGAACGAAGCAUCAGCGGACGUGUGCCCGGUAGCCUCGAGACUUUUCUCUUACUGCGCUCGCUCCGUACGAUGCCCCUCCGCGUGCGCCACCAAUCGGCGACAGCUACGAAUCUCGUGCAGUUUUUGUACAGUCUGACCGAAGGUCAACUCCCCGCUGAGCAUGUGCCUGAUGAUAUCGCGCAUGGCCGCUUCGUCAAGCAGGUCUGGCACUCGUCUCUGCAGCCACGCCCAGCGUAUCCCGAGGAAGUCGCCGACACACAGAAAGAAAACCACGCAUUCGACCCAAAGACCCAGCUUCCGAUGGGCGGCUCGCCUACGUUUGGUCUCCUUACGGCUCAUGCUGACUACGCCAAGUACUUGCCGCACUUUUUGUCCUACUUUGUUCCUGCCACCUCGCUCGGCGGCGUUGAAUCGCUCAUUGAGCAGCGCGUCAUCGCCUCUCCCGAUACGGAUCCACGCCUGAUCCGCAUUUCUGUAGGCCUGGAAGACUCGAAGGAUCUGCGCAGCGAUCUGCUUCAAGCCAUGUUGGCCACCCUACAACAUGUCCGAUCACAGAGCCAAUAG